AUGUACUUGAUGGACUCUGAUAGAGAAUCACAGCGUCAGUUCUUCCUAUCGACGGUGCAACUUGACGGUGCCGUUAAAGUUCGACGGGUUCAGAAGAAGGAGGAUCCAGGGGCUUUUACUAUUCCGUGUUCUGUUGGCCACCAUGAUUUUGCUCGUGCUCUCUUUGACAAUGGGGCUAGCAUUAACCUAAUGCCACUUGCUAUCUAUAAGCAAUCGGGGUUGGGAAUGCCUAGACCUGCUACCAUGCAACUGCAGAUGGUUUAUAGAUCCAUAAAGAGGCUAGUUGGGGUUGUUGAUGAUGUGCAUGUUCGGGUUGGUGAAUUCUUUCUACCGGCAGAUUUCGUGAUUCUUGAUUGUGCUGUUGAUCGAGAUAUUCCUAUUAUUCUAGGGAUACUUUUCCUUGCUACGGGAAGGGUUCUUAUGGAUUCAGAGAAAAACGAGAUCAAAUUUCAUGUUAAUGAUGAAGAGGUGACCUUUCAGGCCAGCAAGGGAAUGAAACUAUCAAGUGCUUAUGAAAGCAUUUUAGCAAUUGAUGUUAUAGAUGUGAUAGAUGAACCGCUGAAUUCAAGAUGGAAGAAGAGUGCCUUGGGGAGACAUUGGCGACUAAUCUAG